CAUUCGGUCUUGCUUCGCCAAAAAAAAAAAAAAAAAUUUACAUUAAAAAUCGUAAAAUCCAACGAAAACUUACAAGUGCAGGCAAUCGACUAGGCUGUUGAACGCCCAAACACUUCCACACGUCGCCAUCAUCACAGUCGCACUACUAACGCACCGAAGCUAGCACAACCAGCGUGCAUUGGCUGAUGGUGUAAGCAGAAACGAUCGAACGACUCGACGACCGCCAAAGGAAGCGCCCUCCGCCCGCCCACGCCAGCAGCAGAAGCAGCCGUAGUAGGCAACGACAAUAACAAAUUGUAGCACAACCUUCAGGUCACUUAGCAGUAGUCAGCAAAAGGCAUCAAACAACAAAUUUUCAAUUAUGGACGUGUUCCUCAUGAUCAGAAGGCAUAAGACAACCAUCUUUACGGAUGCUAAGGAAAACACAUCAGUUAUUGAACUGAAACGCAUGAUCGAAGGCAUAUUGAAAGUGUUACCCAGCGAUCAGCGGUUAUACAAUCAGGACAACGAUGUCAUGGAGGAUGAUCAAACGUUGCAGGACUAUGGCGUUACGGUAUCAACGGCAAAGGCCCAAGCCCCAGCGCAGUUGGGCCUAACAUGCAGGAACGAGGCGGGCGACUUCGAGUCGCUGGAAAUCACGCCCUAUUCAGCCCCGCCUGACUUACCAGAAGUGAUGAAAAAUCAAGAGGCCUCAAAUGGACAGGAGCAAGUGGCAUAAAAUCAACAGCAACAGUAACAGCAACAUCAAGAACAACAACAGCAACAACACUUAAAGCCCCAAAAUAAAACCAUCAGAAAGAGCAGUUACCCACUUGGACAUCGCCGCUGCUGCUGCUACUGCUGCUGUCGCAUGCAAAGCAAAACCAUAAAUGCUGAGAGUCAAAUUUACUAUCGCUCGCUUGUCCCACACAAUAACACAGUCAACAAAAAACUCUCUCGAUGCAAUGCUAAAUGUUUCGAAUUGUGCUACAGUUUCUUCUCUGCCUGGUCACACAACAACAAAAACACAACUAAAGCAACAGCAACAAAAAUAAGAAAACAGCAACAAUAGCUAAUUAUGUAUGCAUUUUUUCGUCGGUUAUAUAGCAAGGAACAAUUUAAACAAUAUGAUUCAAAAUUAUAAUUUGAAAUGGGAUUUGUUAAUCUAA